CUAGGGGGCUGAGGAUUGGAUCUUUGUUCGGGGUGGAGCGCUGGAGCCAGCUCACGUCCCCCUAGGGAGCUCAGGACCCUGACAGAACAAAAUCGCAGGCACUUUCUAGGCAGGGGACUACUGACUAGUUUGCCCAGAGUCCCUUCCCCUUCCCUGCUCCAGCUCCUGCCCGCUCCUACGAUUGUGAUCCAUCCCUUUCCCCUGACCUUCCGGGAUCCAAGAGAGACACCCUUUCCUCCUGGUCCCCGGCCUAAGUGCAGGAAGACCCUUCCCAAGCAUGUUGGAACAGCAAGAGCAAGCUGGCCCCGAGACCGUGAAGAAGGUUGGCCCUGUGCGUAAGCCACGGGUUAAGGAACGUGCGCCGGGCCGAAGGAGGCGCUGCGUGGUGCCAGGGACGCCACUGCUCUUGUGCUGCUACUUGGCUUACCUGGCAUUGGGCACGAGCGUGUUCCGGGCGCUGGAGAGAGGCGCCGCACGGGACUCCGAGGGGUUCCAGGAAGAAAAGUGGGCACCCCUGCGCAACUACACGUGUCUGAACAGCUCGGCGCUGGACGCUCUGAUCCGGGAUAUUAUCCAGAAAUACAGGAGCGGAGUCAUCUUCCCCAGCAACACUACCAGCAUGGGCCGAUGGGAACUAGCAGGCUCCUUCUUCUUCUCUGUUUCCACCAUCACAACCAUUGGAUAUGGGAAUCUGAGCCCCCAAACAAUGGGUGCACGGCUCUUCUGCAUCUUCUUUGCCUUCCUGGGAAUUCCUCUCAAUCUUGUGCUGCUCAACAGAUUGGGACGCCUUAUGCUUUCCUGGGUUCAGCGUUGGGCCUGUUGGCUUAGUGGGACCCAGAAGAACCAGGCCAGAGCUCGGUGGUUUGUGGGCUCCUGUGCCUUCCUCUCCGGCCUCCUACUCUUUUUCCUGUUACCUCCACUUCUCUUCUCCCACAUGGAAGGAUGGAGCUAUGAGGAAGGAUUCUACUAUUCCUUUAUCACCCUCAGCACUGUGGGGUUUGGUGACUAUGUGAUAGGGAUGAAUCCAGAACGGAAGUACCCAAUAUGGUACAAGAAUGUUGUGUCCACGUGGAUCCUCUUCGGAAUGGCUUGGCUGGCCCUAAUCAUCAAUUUGGUCAUCUCCCUGAUGGAGAGUUCAACAGUCCUGUGUCCUUGCAGCCAAAGGUACCUACUCAGGAUGUGGACAUCCGACACCAAGCCCCAUAGACCAAAAGCAACAACUGGAAAAAGUAGGGGGAAAACCACCCAUAGUUGAUAAUGGAUGGAGCAAGAUGCCAAGGAUUUAGAUCUGGAAGGAACCUCAGAGAACAUCUAAUUCCCAUUUUCCAUAGGGGGAAACUGAGGCCCAGAGAAGGGAACUGACUUGCCUUAAGUUUCACGUGUGGAGCAAGAAGCAAAGCAGGAAUUGGAAUUCGGACCCAGGUCUUCUGACUUCCCCCCUCCCCAAUUUACACUCACCACCACCUAGCUACCAGAUGACUCAUAGUAGAGAUCCUCAAUGAACCGUGACCUGUGACCUCUUCCCCUUCCUCCCUGGCUUCCUUCCAGCCCCCUCUCUUGUGUUAGCCACUCUAGAAAACAUCCUUUCCAUCCUCCACUGCCCCCACCCCCACACUUGCAUCAAAGCUCCAUGUAACUCACCCCCCAGAGAAUAAAAAUCAGAGGCAGAAAUAGAGUGUCAGAAAGAAAAGCUCACUAUGUGGAACUAUGGGAGAAGAAAUAAAUAUGUUUGUUUAAGAGAGAUAUAAACUCAUCCAGGGCAGGGAGUCUAUCUUUGAAUCCCAAAUGCCUAUUAGAAUGCU